CUCUUUCUCGUUUCACUAUAUAAACCCUAACCUCAUUGCACUAGCUUCUGCACUGAAACUAGCUAGUGAGCUCUGCGCUGAUAAGUAACAAUGAGGGUCAACAUUUCAGCUGGCUGUGUUGUGGUGGCUCUCCUGUGUGUGUUUCUUGUGAGCGAUUCGGUUGUGGGUGAUGAAGAUCCUAAGGUUAAGGACGAUAAACACUUGUUUUUUAAGCGCCCAGUCCCGCAUUUUGUUAAAGGAGGAGGCCUCGGUGGAGGCAUUGGUGGAGGAGGAGGUCUCGGUGGAGGCAUUGGUGGAGGAGGAGGCCUCGGUGGAGGAGGUGGCCUAGGGCAUGGGAUUUAUAGGAAGGGGUUUAGGCAUGGAAAAUUUCCUCGAGGUAAACUUGGCGGCGGUCUAGGAGGCGGAGGUGGGCUUGGCGGUGGCGCAGGAGGUGGGUUAGGGGGUGGUGGUGGUCUUGGGGGUGGUGCUGGAGGUGGGUUGGGAGGCGGUGGAGGUCUUGGUGGCGGUGCAGGAGGCGGUUUAGGCGGAGGAGCUGGAGGUGGUUUAGGCGGAGGUGCUGGUGGAGGUUUAGGUGGUGGAGGUGGACUUGGACAUGGUGGGGGUCUUGGUGGCGGAGGUGGACUUGGCCACGGUGGGGGUCUAGGUGGCGGAGGUGGACUUGGACAUGGUGGGGGUCUAGGUGGCGGAGGUGGACUUGGCCACGGUGGUGGUCUAGGUGGAGGAGGUGGACUUGGCCACGGUGGCGGUGCUGGAGCCGGUGGUGGGUUUGGUGGUGGAGCUGGAGGAGGUGGUGGCCUUGGCGGUGGAGCUGGAGGAGGUGGUGGACUUGGAGGUGGAGGUGGAGCGGGAGGUGGUGCAGGUGGAGGCUUUGGCGGUGGUGCAGGUGGCGGGGCUGGAGGAGGUGUUGGAGGUGGUGCUGGUGGAGGGGGUGGGUUUGGGGGUGGUGGAGGAGUUGGUGGUGGAGCCGGUGCUGGAGGAGGGUUUGGAGCUGGUGGUGGAGUAGGGGGCGGAGGAGGUGUUGGUGGCGGUGGAGGUGGGGGAUUUGGUGGAGGUGGCGGAGGUGGUUUUGGUGCUGGUGCUGGUGGUGGGGCUGGCUUCGGUGGUGGAGCUGGAUUCGGAGGUGGCGGCGGUCACUAGCUAAUUAACUCGCGAGUUUCUGCUGCGACUGCUGAUUAGCUACGUUAGCUACGUUCCUUAUAAAUGUUCCUUAUUUUGGAGUUUUAUUCUUCUUUCCUCUUUAGUACUGCAAUUUCUAGUUCAAUCUAUGAAUGUCCUCUUCAAUCUUCAUGCAAACGAAGAGAAAAGUGUAUUCUUUGUGCAUGGGAAUCAUUUUGUUAUUUUACAUAUAAUUUCCCCAUUAUCUAGCACUGUCAAUUUAUUAAUUUUAAACUGAAGAUAAGUGUUCAUUA